UCGACAGUGUGACGCACCCUCCGGUCAAACCCUUGCGGUCGUUAUCACGACGCCCCGCCAAAAACUCCGGCCAUCGGGGCGCCGGGUGGACACUUACCAGAACAAGUUCCUGAAGAGAGAGAGCGAGUGGUGAAACUUGGAAGAGAUGGAGAGGAAGAGGCAGAGCUUGAAGACGAUCCAAACUGCCAUCGAACGGCUCAUAGAGGAGGAGAGGGAAGAUAGUGGCGCCUCUGACAGCCACGUCCUCACCGAUGAGGAAGACCGUCUCUUGCUUUCCCGGUUGUUAUCCCAGAUAGAGUCGUUGAAGGCUGGAACUGAGCAUAAUUUGCCUGCAUCGGUAACUCACAAAACUGCUUCAGAGUCCACCGAACCAAGUGAAGUAUGUUCGAUGGAUGAUUCGCAGAGCAUUGAGAAGCCUGCAAUGGCGGAAGAAAUACUUAAAGAGCUCGGAAAAGUGAAAAGACAGAACCAUACUACUCACUGGUUGCUGUCUAUCAUGAUUGUUGCAACUGCAGUUUGGCAGCUAUCAGAAUUUUCUCUUUUAUUUCUUCUCAAGCAGAAGAUAAGUGACCCCUUUAGAGCAAUAGGGGGCUUACUCUUUGGAAGAUUUAAGAGGGCACUUGUUGAUGCUGAUAAAUCUGAGAUGAUCCCUACUAUUGAAACGCCCCUUAUCCAACUCCCUCAAAUUCCAGAGCUAUCCCCUGUGGAUUUCUCAUACUUAGUUCCAAGCAAUGAAGAAAAAUGAUUCUGCCUCAGUUUUGCUAUAUAAUUGUCUGUAAGCUGUGGAUAGAAGACAUUGGUGUUUUUUUUUUUCCCCGAGGAAUUUGUGUAUUCCACUACACUGCAGGAGGUUUUCGUUCGGCUUCCGUGAAUUAUCUUGUUUGUCUGUAACGUAUAAAGUAGGCACUCUCCUUUUCCUUC